AUGACCGCAACCCCAGCAGCAGCUCCUCGCUCCUUCGCCAACAGAACGGUCAUCGUCACCGGUGCGGCAGGCAGCAUCGGCGCGCCGCUUUGCCUUGCCCUCGCCCGCGCCGGGGCCAACGUCGUCGCCAACGACCUGGGCUGCUCCCCAGGCGGCGAGGGCGCCUCCGCUGCACCGGUUGAGGAGCUCGUGGCCAAGAUCACGGGCGAAGGCCUGUCGGCCAUUGCGGACACGCACAACGUCGGUACCGAUGCCGCCAAGAUCGUCGACGCCGCCGUCUCGCGCUUCGGCCGCGUCGACGCCAUCAUCAACAACGCCGGCAUCAUCUGCUACGGGCCCGUUGAGACGCAGACGCCCGAGCAAGUGCGGGCGCUGUUCGAGGUCAACGCGCUCGGCGCCUACGCCCUGUGCCACGCGGCGUGGCCGCACAUGCAGCGGCAGGGGUACGGGCGCGUCGUCAACUUCACGUCCGACUCGGUGUUCGGCAUGCCCGCGAGCGCCGGGUACGUCAUGGCGCGCGGGGCCAUGCUCGGCGUGACGCGCACGCUCGCCCUCGAGGGCGCCGCGCACGGCAUCCUCGUCAACACCGUAGGGCCGUCGGCGUACUCGCGCAUGGUGGCCGACGUGUCGAAGGACCUGCCGCCGGAGCAGCUCGCGUGGUUCAAGGCGACGUACACGGGCGAGUCGAACGUACCGGCCAUCAUGGCGCUGGCGAGCGAGCAGAACACGAUUACGGGGGAGAUCUGGAACACCGGAGCGUUCCGCAUGGGCAGGACUCUGUUGGGGGCGAUCAAAGAUGUAGGCGGCUGUGAGACGGUGGAGAAGUCCCUUGAGGCGAUGAAGGAGCUGCAGGGGAAGGAUAGGGAGUGGGCCGAGCCUCACAGCAUCCCGGAGUUCUUGGUCUUUAAAUCUCAAGCCUGA